AUGGAUAUCUCUACACAACGUUUAACUUUGCAAGAUACUACAGGUCAAACUACCACCACUUCACUCAUUCAAUCGAACAAUACAUCAUGUUGUACAGUCCGAUUACUCGAUCAAAUUACUAUUCCACAAUACUCCGAAUCUGUUAUCAAAGCCGCAGUACAUCUUCCAGAUAGUUCAAAUUUGUUGUUUGAACCGUCUUCAAGUUUUAGUCAAAAAGCAGUAGUACUUCCAACAGCUUUAAUCAAAGUGACUAAUUCUCAAACACACUUAACUAUUAUCAAUACCACCAAUCAUCCAUAUAUUUUACCUUCAAAUACGUGUCUCGGUACUGUUUCUUCAUCAUUACUAAUAUGUGCAACAACAUCACCAUAUCAAUCUCAGUCAACACAAUUUCGAUCAGCAAAAAUACGUCAUUAUUCUCUGAAUUCAUCACAUAAAUGCUACCAAGAUAGUAUCGAACCAUCAACAUCACCUUGGUGCUCACCUGUCGUAUUAGUGCGUAAGAAAGAUGGUACUACACGAUUUUGCGUUGAUUAUCGAAAACUAAAUGAUAUUACUGUCAAAGAUUCAUUCCCGUUACCUCGCAUCGAAGAUAUUUUCGAUCAACUGUCUCAGUCAACAUAUUUCACCACACUCGACUUUAAAAACGGCUAUUUUCAAAUUCCAUUAGCAAUUCAUGAUCGUCCUAAAACGGCAUUUUCCACUCGCGAUAAUCAUUAUCAAUUCAAAGUCCUCCCUCAAGGUGUAAAAAAUGGUCCACCUACGUUCCAACGCAUAGUAAACCAAAUUUUAGGUCCUGCUCGAUGGAAACAUUGUCUAGCGUAUCUAGAUGAUGUCGUCAUUUUUUCGAGAACUUUUGACGAUCAUGUUUCUCAUUUGGAUGAAAUCUUUUAUUUACUUCACACACACAAUUUUCGUCUAAGUUUCGAGAAAUGUAUCAUCGCUACUGAUAACAUCAAUUAUCUGGGUCACCACAUUUGUCGUGGAGAAAUUCGUCCAAAUAAUGAUAAUAUACGCGGUUUGUUGGAAACUCCAACGCCAACAACACCGAAAGAGAUUUUUCGUUUUUUAAAAGGAGCCGAAUACUACCGUAAAUUCAUUUCCAACUUUUCCCGUCUUGCUAGUCCUUUAUAUAAAUAUAAUCCUUCCAACUCUACACAUCCAUCUAAUACUAAACCUACAAUUUUUACAUUAUCGGCUGACGAACAAACUGCUUUCGAACAAAUCAAACACAUACUCACAACCGACCUUGUUCUUCGACUUCCCAAUAAUCAACUUCCUUUUAAAAUACAAACAGAUGCUUCACAACUUGGUAUCGGUGCUGUUUUAUUACAAACCUAUCCUGAAGGUGGUCGUCCUAUAUGUUAUAUGUCUAAGAAGCUUACACCUGCUCAACAACGCUGGUCUCCUAUUGAACAGGAGUGUUAUGCGAUCGUCAAAGCUGUUGAAUUAUGGCAUCACUAUUUACACGGUAAUCAUUUUAUUUUAGAAUCUGAUCAUAAACCAUUAGAAGCACUCAUGCGUAAAUCUCAAACGAACGACAAAUGUGAACGAUGGCGUUUACGGCUACAAUCAUACAACUUCACAAUAAAACACAUCAAGGGUAAAUCAAACACCAUGCCUGAUUAUCUAUCUCGAUCACCAGUGGAUCACGCUGAAGAUGACAUUGACGAUAACGUUAUGCCAACUUCUGCCUCUAUCAGUACUCAAACUGAUACCAGUGACCACGACACUUUUUCAACAUCAUCAAUUGUCGGUAUGGUCACUACUCGUUCUCGUUCUCGUCAAUUACCACAAUCCGAUAAUCAUAUUACCACUCCACCAAACAUCAAUCGCUCUGACGUUCAAAAUCAUCAAUCAACAUCAUCAACUUCUAAAACUACUACUGAUAGUGCACGUAUUGGAUAUACUGGUGCUAUUGAUCAAUUGAAACAAGCACAACAGAAGGACCCUGAUCUACAAUACAUAGCGAAUCAUCUUAAUGAUAAUAAGUAUAUUAACUCUUAUCUUUUACAGGAUGGUCUCUUAAUGCAUUAUGAACAACACUCAAAACCUGUUCCAUGUGUUCCGAAAGGAGAAAUUCGAAAUGAUAUUAUGAAAAUCUAUCAUGAUACUCAAGCUAACGGCGCACACUUCGGUCGUGACAAAACUAUAAAGAAAAUCAAAGCUCGAUACUAUUGGUAUACCAUGAACAGCGAUAUAACUAAUUAUGUUAAGUCAUGUAUUCGUUGUAAUCAAAAUAACCCUAUUCGCUGCAAACCUCCUGGUCAUCUGAAACCGAUCGAACCACCGGAAGGAGUUUGGCACUUAUUAUCAAUGGACUUUCACGGACCCAUUACUCCUACUAGUCGACGCGGCAACAAAUACAUUAUUUCAAUCACUGACGUUCUAUCCAAAUUCGUUAUUGCAAAAGCAGUUCGUGAUUGUACUGCUGAUACUGCUGCUCGAUUUCUUCAAGAAGAGGUUAUCUGUAAAUAUGGCACACCGAAAUGUGUUCUUACAGAUAAUGGUACUCAUUUUACAUCAACUAUGAUGGAACAUCUACUCAAACGUCUCGGUAUCACUCAUUUGUACGCAACACCCUAUCAUCCUCAAACUAAUGGUCAAAUUGAGCGUUUCAAUAGCACGAUGGAUGCAAAAAUUGCUGCCUUAUCUAAUCAAUAUCGAUCUGAUUGGGAUGAUAACCUUCCAUUUGUCAUCUUUAAUUAUAACACAAGUUAUCAUUCCACUAUUAAAACUAUUCCAUUCGAACUUAUGUAUGGACGUUCACCUGUCCUACCAUUCGAUCUACAAAACCCAAACGUUUCCCUUCAACAGUCAUCUCACUAUGCUCAGAACAUACGUCAAUACAUAUCACAUCUAACAAACAAUGCGAAAACAAAUAUCAUUCAUGCACAACAUCAGUACAAAUCUAGAUAUGAUACCAAUCGCUCAAAUCCUACAUAUUCCAUCAACGAUUUAGUUCUUAUAAAAAAUAUUCAUUCACGUCACAAAUUUGAUAUUCGAUAUGAAGGUCCAUUUCGGAUUAUACGUCGUCUUGGUGUUAAAACAUAUCUUGUUCAACAUGUCAAACUACUGGAUUUGACAAGACAAGUAACAGUCGAUAUACUUAUUCCGGUCUCAAUUAGAUAG